AUGUGUUUCAAAGGGUCUAGUGAUGGUUUGGUUCUAUGCACAACUAAUUUUUCUAGUCAGAACUAUUAUUAUGUUUGUAAUCCACUCACUAAGGAAUGGGUUUCACUCCCACCACCACCAACAGAACAGAUCAAUGUUCAAACUGGUUUCACAUGUGAAUCAUCACUAAUUUCUAAGAGUUAUAAGGUUAUUCGUGUUUCUCAAGGACAGGGCUCAUUCAAAAUUGAUAUAUUUACUUCUGAUUUGGAUGAAUGGAAUGUCUAUGAUGUUCUCUAUCCUCCUGGUGUAUAUCAUGGAUGCUCAAUUUAUGACAAUCAUGAUACCUGUAAUGGCGUUUUUUACUGGUACCAAAAGGUAUACAACAACGUUCUAGCUUUCAGUGUUGAUAGAAUCAACAAACAUCAAACUUGUGGCAAUGAAAUUAGAUUGAUUAAUUUUCCAGAUCGACAGAUAGAUAAUGAGAACAGGUAUUUUAAUCAAUCUAUAAAGUGGCAACAAAGGGAUUUACAUCAAUGUCUAGGGGAAUCAGAAGGAACGAUUUGUUUCGCUAUUAUCGAACAAGCGGAGAGGAGUUUGAGUGUCUGGGUUCUUGAAGAAAACUAG